GAGUCUUAUUGAUCCGCUGCUCCCGCCGUAACUGUCAGGAGAAAUGUCGCUCACUCCACCGGCCGGCCGCCGAUACCAAACCAGCUGUCGGAAUCACAGAAGUCAAAAGUCCGCUCCAUACCAUACUAGUCAGCAGCGAGGAUUCUCGCCUUUCCAUUUCUCCACCACUUCCAGUACAAAAUCCCUUCUCAACCCUUUCCCCUAAAUUCCAGCGAUUCUUCACUCUGAAACCCUAAAAUGGACUCUGUCGGGCUAGAAGUGGUUCUGAUCACCGGCUGCUCGCAGGGAGGCAUUGGCCACGCCCUGGCUAAAGAGUUCGCUGCUAAUAACUGCCUGGUCGUCGCCACCAGCAGGUCUUUGAGCUCCAUGCGAGACUUGGAGCAGGACGACAGAUUAUAUCUCCUGGAGCUCGAUGUCACUUCCGAGGAGAGCGUGCAGCGGGCGGUGGCAAACGUCAUCGACAAGUAUGGGAGAGUGGAUGUUCUGGUCAAUAACGCCGGCGUUCAGUGCAUCGCCCCAACUGCUGAGGUCCCUCUGUCUGCCGUGCAGCAGGUUUUCGAUACCAACGUUUAUGCAACUGGAUUUAUAUGCAUUGCAGGCCCGAUGCGGAUGAUUCAAGCUGUUGUCCCACACAUGGCAUCCCGAAGAAAGGGGAAAAUCGUAAAUGUAGGGAGUACAGUAGUCCUGGUGGCUUUUCCUUGGAGCGGGCCAUAUUGUGCAUCUAAGGCCGCACUCCAUGCUUUAACUGACACGUUGAGGUUAGAAGUGAAGCCAUUGGGGAUCGAUGUGAUAAAUGUAGUUCCAGGUGCGAUUCAGACGAAUAUACUGCACUCGGCUCAGAGUAACUAUAAAUCUGGGUGGAAUCUAUACAAGCCAUUUGACCCAGCAAUGAGACGAUUAGCCUCCCAAGGCACAGUAGGUACUCCUGUUGCAACAUUUGCAAAGCAUACUGUUGCUGCCAUCCUCAAGAAACAUCCCCCAGCAUGGUUCUCGUCAGGCACGUACUCGACCAUCUUGGCCAUUGCGAGCCAUCUGCCAUGUCGUAUCAAGGAUUUGCUCGUUCGUGGUUAUCUUAAACCCUGAGUCAUUAUCCUUGACAUUAUUCACUGCGAAUGGUCUUCUCUGCAGCUUCUUGUAUGCAAGAUGGUUCAGAUUUCACCAUAUCUAGCAAUGCUCCCAUCUUUCUUCUGAAUGCUGUGACUUGGCGUGUUCUCUGGUGCAUCAUGUGGCUAGGAAGGGUCCAAAACUCUGUAGU